AAUUAGUCCGUAUCAGUUCAAGUGCAACACUCACAAAAAAAACAGAGUCUCAUUGGAUCUUUUAAAUGAAAGACACCGUAUUAUUACUGCUAUGUGCAGUUGCACUAGCACAUACUUACGAUCGUAACUCAGAACAAUGCAAUUGCGAUCCUUCACAAGCUAAACAGAUCUGCGAGUUUCACAUUGAUUCAGACGAUGUAUUAGUAGCUCACGAAAAUUGCGACAAAUUCUACAAAUGUGCAAACGGAAAGCCAGUGGCAUAUCAAUGCCCAGAUAAUCUUCUGUACGAUCCGGUAGUUGAACGAUGUGAGUGGCCCUAUAUGGUUGAAUGUGGCGACAGGCCAAUUUCAGAUGGUAAUGACUGCAACGGAACCGAUACAUCGUCAACAACACAGGUACCAGUCACAUCUCCAUCCUCUUCUUCAACUUCACGGCCAGGUGAUGGAACCUGCAACUGCAGACCCGACGAGGCACCUUCUAUCUGCGCAGCGGACGGAUCAGAUGGCGUUUUAGUGGCACAUGAAAACUGCAACCAGUUCUACAAAUGCGACCACGGAAAACCUGUUGCUCUCUUCUGCAACGGAAACUUGCUAUACAACCCCUACACCGAACAAUGUGACUGGCCCGAAAAUGUCGACUGCGGAGACAGAGUUAUUCCUGAUCCAAUUCCAACUGCAAAUCCAGGAUCGUCUCCGACCCCAUCACCAUCAACUCCAGGUAGUGGAACCUGCAACUGCAGACCCGACGAGGCACCUUCUAUUUGCGCAGCGGACGGAUCAGAUGGCGUUUUAGUGGCACACGAAAACUGCAACCAGUUCUACAAAUGCGACCACGGAAAACCUGUUGCUCUCUUCUGCAACGGAAACUUGCUAUACAACCCCUACACCGAACAAUGUGACUGGCCCGAAAAUGUCGACUGCGGAGACAGAGUUAUUCCUGAUCCAAUUCCAACUGCAAAUCCAGGAUCGUCUCCGACCCCAUCACCAUCAACUCCAGGUACAGGAACCUGCAACUGCAGACCCGACGAGGCACCUUCUAUUUGCGCAGCGGACGGAUCAGAUGGCGUUUUAGUGGCACACGAAAACUGCAACCAGUUCUACAAAUGCGACCACGGAAAACCUGUUGCUCUCUUCUGCAACGGAAACUUGCUAUACAACCCCUACACCGAACAAUGUGACUGGCCCGAAAAUGUCGACUGCGGAGACAGAGUUAUUCCUGAUCCAAUUCCAACUGCAAAUCCAGGAUCGUCUCCGACCCCAUCACCAUCAACUCCAGGUACAGGAACCUGCAACUGCAGACCCGACGAGGCACCUUCUAUUUGCGCAGCGGACGGAUCAGAUGGCGUUUUAGUGGCACACGAAAACUGCAACCAGUUCUACAAAUGCGACCACGGAAAACCUGUUGCUCUCUUCUGCAACGGAAACUUGCUAUACAACCCCUACACCGAACAAUGUGACUGGCCCGAAAAUGUCGACUGCGGAGACAGAGUUAUUCCUGAUCCAAUUCCAACUGCAAAUCCAGGAUCGUCUCCGACCCCAUCACCAUCAACUCCAGGUACAGGAACCUGCAACUGCAGACCCGACGAGGCACCUUCUAUUUGCGCAGCGGACGGAUCAGAUGGCGUUUUAGUGGCACACGAAAACUGCAACCAGUUCUACAAAUGCGACCACGGAAAACCUGUUGCUCUCUUCUGCAACGGAAACUUGCUAUACAACCCCUACACCGAACAAUGUGACUGGCCCGAAAAUGUCGACUGCGGAGACAGAGUUAUUCCUGAUCCAAUUCCAACUGCAAAUCCAGGAUCGUCUCCGACCCCAUCACCAUCAACUCCAGGUACAGGAACCUGCAACUGCAGACCCGACGAGGCACCUUCUAUUUGCGCAGCGGACGGAUCAGAUGGCGUUUUAGUGGCACACGAAAACUGCAACCAGUUCUACAAAUGCGACCACGGAAAACCUGUUGCUCUCUUCUGCAACGGAAACUUGCUAUACAACCCCUACACCGAACAAUGUGACUGGCCCGAAAAUGUCGACUGCGGAGACAGAGUUAUUCCUGAUCCAAUUCCAACUGCAAAUCCAGGAUCGUCUCCGACCCCAUCACCAUCAACUCCAGGUACAGGAACCUGCAACUGCAGACCCGACGAGGCACCUUCUAUUUGCGCAGCGGACGGAUCAGAUGGCGUUUUAGUGGCACACGAAAACUGCAACCAGUUCUACAAAUGCGACCACGGAAAACCUGUUGCUCUCUUCUGCAACGGAAACUUGCUAUACAACCCCUACACCGAACAAUGUGACUGGCCCGAAAAUGUCGACUGCGGAGACAGAGUUAUUCCUGAUCCAAUUCCAACUGCAAAUCCAGGAUCGUCUCCGACCCCAUCACCAUCAACUCCAGGUACAGGAACCUGCAACUGCAGACCCGACGAGGCACCUUCUAUUUGCGCAGCGGACGGAUCAGAUGGCGUUUUAGUGGCACACGAAAACUGCAACCAGUUCUACAAAUGCGACCACGGAAAACCUGUUGCUCUCUUCUGCAACGGAAACUUGCUAUACAACCCCUACACCGAACAAUGUGACUGGCCCGAAAAUGUCGACUGCGGAGACAGAGUUAUUCCUGAUCCAAUUCCAACUGCAAAUCCAGGAUCGUCUCCGACCCCAUCACCAUCAACUCCAGGUACAGGAACCUGCAACUGCAGACCCGACGAGGCACCUUCUAUUUGCGCAGCGGACGGAUCAGAUGGCGUUUUAGUGGCACACGAAAACUGCAACCAGUUCUACAAAUGCGACCACGGAAAACCUGUUGCUCUCUUCUGCAACGGAAACUUGCUAUACAACCCCUACACCGAACAAUGUGACUGGCCCGAAAAUGUCGACUGCGGAGACAGAGUUAUUCCUGAUCCAAUUCCAACUGCAAAUCCAGGAUCGUCUCCGACCCCAUCACCAUCAACUCCAGGUACAGGAACCUGCAACUGCAGACCCGACGAGGCACCUUCUAUUUGCGCAGCGGACGGAUCAGAUGGCGUUUUAGUGGCACACGAAAACUGCAACCAGUUCUACAAAUGCGACCACGGAAAACCUGUUGCUCUCUUCUGCAACGGAAACUUGCUAUACAACCCCUACACCGAACAAUGUGACUGGCCCGAAAAUGUCGACUGCGGAGACAGAGUUAUUCCUGAUCCAAUUCCAACUGCAAAUCCAGGAUCGUCUCCGACCCCAUCACCAUCAACUCCAGGUACAGGAACCUGCAACUGCAGACCCGACGAGGCACCUUCUAUUUGCGCAGCGGACGGAUCAGAUGGCGUUUUAGUGGCACACGAAAACUGCAACCAGUUCUACAAAUGCGACCACGGAAAACCUGUUGCUCUCUUCUGCAACGGAAACUUGCUAUACAACCCCUACACCCAACAAUGUGACUGGCCCGAAAAUGUCGACUGCGGAGACAGAGUUAUUCCUGAUCCAAUUCCAACUGCAAAUCCAGGAUCGUCUCCGACCCCAUCACCAUCAACUCCAGGUAGUGGAACCUGCAACUGCAGACCCGACGAGGCACCUUCUAUUUGCGCAGCGGACGGAUCAGAUGGCGUUUUAGUGGCACACGAAAACUGCAACCAGUUCUACAAAUGCGACCACGGAAAACCUGUUGCUCUCUCCUGCAACGGAAACUUGCUAUACAACCCCUACACCGAACAAUGUGACUGGCCCGAAAAUGUAGACUGUGGUGACAGAGUUAUUCCAGAUUCGAGCCAAACUUCAUCACCAUCUCCUGACUCCGAGAGCAGCGAAAGCUCUGAUAUCGAUGAUUUACCUAGACCUGAUGAUAACGUUAGCAGUUCAGAAGACUGUACUAGUAACCCAAACGACAACACCUGUAACUGUGAUCCUGAUCAAGCUCCAUCUAUUUGUGCUAGUGCUAACUCCAACGGAAUUCAUAUUGCCCAUGAAAAUUGUAACCAGUUUUACAAAUGUGAUAACGGACAGCCUGUUCCGUUCAGGUGUCCUUCCAAUCUGCUAUACAAUCCCUUCAUUCCAGGGUGUGACUGGCCACAUAAUGUGAAUUGCGGUGAUAGAAUAAUACCUGAUCCUGACGAUACAAGUGAAGGCCCACAACCAACUGUGCCUGAUGAUAAUAACGACAACGUUGGUCCUGGCCCGUGUAACCACUGUAAUCCAGAAGAAGCUCCUGCAAUUUGUGCAGGUACAAACUCUAAUGGUAUUUACAUUGCUCACCAAAAUUGCAACCAAUUCUUCGUGUGUGACCAUGGUACACCUGUUACCUUUUCAUGUAACUCAAUUCUUCUAUAUAACGUCUACACCAAGCAGUGCGACUGGCCAUUUAACGUGGAUUGUGGUGACAGAGUGAUACCAGAUCGCGACGACGAUAGCGGAAUCGACGAUGGAGGCAACAACAACAAUAACAACGAAGUGCAUGACGAUCCUAGCCAAGCUCCAUCCGUAUGUGCGGGCAGUGGAUCUGAUGGCGUUUUGGUAGCACAUGAAUACUGUGACCAAUAUUACAUUUGUGACGGAGGCUUCCCACUAUCACGCCCAUGCUACGGUGGCCUUUUAUUCAAUCCUCAGAAUCAACAGUGCGACUGGCCUAGUAAUGUAAAUUGUGGUAACAGAAUUGUCCCUGAUGAUUGUGCUUGCAAUCCAAGAAACGCUCCAAAGCUUUGUUCUUGGCAAAAUUCUGAAGGGAAACUGAUCGCGCACGAUAAUUGUAACCAAUUCUAUGUAUGCUCUAAGGGAGUUCCUGUAGCUCAAACUUGUCCAUCCAACUUGCUAUAUAACAUAGACUUGGAACUGUGCGACUGGCCGCAUAAGGUCAGCUGUGAAAACAGACAGCUCUCUUAUUCCUCACUUAACAAACAUUGGCCAUCACGUCAGUUUCUUAGAACAUAAUCUUUAAAUUAACAAUACCCUGCUUUACAGUCGGGUAACUAGUAAGUUAUGCUUAAACGUGCUGUCAAAAUUGAAUGA